UUAGCAUUUUGUAUCGUGUUUUUAUGACGUCAUUGAAUCGAAGUGACAUAGAAUAAGUUACUCUUUAAAAAUUCGACUCAAAACUUCGUCUUAAUACAACAACAUUUGUACCUGCAAAAAAUUCGACUCAAAACUUCGUCUUAAUACAACAACAUUUGUACCUGCAAAAAAAGGUUAGAUAAUUUCAAUAGCGUUUCAUGAAAUUGAACAGGAGGCGACUAAAUAAAUAUCCCGACCCUCGCGCCCACCCGGGACUUUCCGUUCUCGGGGAAUCCCCAAAGUUUCGGUGCGCAGCUCUAAAACAGAGCAGUACUCUGGGCCCAGGUCGGGGCUCGUGUCGGCCGGUUGUCCGGAUCUAGUUCGAGUUUUCUGUCCUUCUCUGCGUCUGUUGGCCGUUUAGCUUUAUAAGUCACUCGUCUGUGCUCUUGUGAGCAUUUAGCUGCACAAAUCUAACGCCCGAAAACAGCUCGCAAGUCAGCCAAUCUACCUGUCUACGCCUGGGUGACGUCAUCGCUUUUGUACAGUGGCUGCCACCAUGGAGUCUCAGCAGGGCAACUGGCCAUCGCCUCGAAACAUGUUGUAUUCGAAGAUUAAUGAGAGUUUAAAUAAAGAGGAAGUGAAAAGUUUACGUGCCCUGUUGGUUGGUGAGAAAAUUCCCAAAGGCAAAGUUGAGGAAAAGACACCACAUGAGAUUUUUAACAUGUUAGAAGACGACCACAGAAUAGGUAAAGGAAAUCUUGGGUUACUGAUCGGACUGUUGAAGCUCCUCAGUAAAACACAGCUGGCUGUGGAGGCUGAGGAUUUGGAGAGAAAUGAGCGCAUGACAAUGCCGAGCACAAGUAAGAGAAAGGCCCCAGAGGAGGCCAGCAGUACCAAACGGGCAAAGAUGAGCCGUGAUGAUGAGGACUCUGCCAGCUCUGCAGAAAGUGACAUUGGAUGUUCAGCCUCAGCUUCACCUCAACAGGACACAGAGAUGCCAGAGUCUCAGAGUGGUAGAAACCUCAUGACAUCUGCUGAAGGUGCAGCAGGUGGAUCAACAUUUGAAACUGUACUAGGAGACGUGCGUAAGCGAAUAAACCAACUUGCUAAACUGAUCAAUAAAGGUGAUGUGGGGCCUGAUGUCAGCGUAGAAUUCAACUUAAACACAGGGCAACGUGCCACUAUCAAGGUAACCGCUGCAAAUCUCAAGCUCGCAGACGGCUGCAAGUUCGACGAGGAGUCUGCUGCCAGGCAGCUGUUCAGGUCAGCAACACACAACAAAAGUCAUCUACAAGAAGAUGGGAUGACUGUGGACGAAACUGAUGAGCAGGAUGAAAAGGAAGAGAGGACAGAACUGGAAAGGGGGUUUAAUUACAUAGAGGCAAUGGCUGGACAGGUGGGCAACGACAACAUCAGCUCAGCCUCAAAAGAUGAGAGUCAAGACUCAGCAUCGCUUGGUGCAACAGCAAGCCUCACACAGCCACCAAAGGCUGGCAAAGUUCGUGUGUAUCGCAUAGAAAACAGCAAGUUUGUGCAAAUUGGGGACAACAACCGCAUGGUGAUACAGAAAGUGACACCACAGAAAGAUGACAACCAAGAAGUCCCUGUCAGCAAAGCUGCCUUCAAACACUCUGAGGACAGCAAGGAGGCAACCAGUCAGGAUGGAGCAACAGCCGCAGUGGAAGAGGCAGUGCAACUGGAAGAGGCUGCUGCAAAUGUUCCAAAAGAAGAGUUUGAUGACCAGUUCCUGACUUGCCAAAUCUGUAUGAACAUCUACAAUGACCCCCGAAUCCUGCCAUGUCUUCACACCUUCUGUACCAGAUGUCUGGAGGAAUGGCAGAAGGAAAGCAAUAAGUUCAUCUGUCCCGCCUGUCGGGAACAGUUGCCACUAGGAGCAGAAGGGGUUAUUGGCCUUCCUCCCAAUGUCUAUGUUAACAGCUUACUGGACUUCAGGACCCUACAAACUAGCAAAAGGGCUAGUGCCUCCUGUCAGAUGUGUGAGUCUGGGGCCAGCAUAGAGGGGACUUGUGGGGACUGUCAUUUGCUCCUGUGUAGGAACUGUAUAACAGCUCAUGGCAAUGCUCCAACACUGAAAGACCAUUACAUCAUCACCCUAGAUGACCUGAAAAACCCAAGAAGCAGGUCACAGUACACCCGGGCAAAGAACUGCCCAAAACACAACCAACGCUUGAUGUUUUACUGCCAACCCUGCACCAAGCUUGUUUGCCAAGCCUGCACCAGUACCGAGCACUCACGUGCGCUGAAGCAUCAUGACCCACAGGAGGUGAGUAAGGCUGCUCAAAAGAUCAAGGCUGAACUGCAGACUUUACUGGGGCAAACCCAAGAUACAGCAGACACCCUGAAGAAAACUGCAGAAACUGUUAGCAUGGAGCUGACAAGCAUCACUGCAAACUGUGACAUGGAGGGGAAGAAGAUUCAGGAACAUUUUGCACAUCUGAGAGCAAAACUGGACGGAGAAGAACAGAAAUGUAGAGACAAACUGAGGGAGAUGGAAUGCACUCAAACAGAGGCUCUUCUGAAGGAGAGAAAAGGUUUAAAGGAGACUUUAAGAUCCACAGAAGAAGGACUUCAGUUCUGUGCAGAUAUACUUGCUCGAGGUAAUGAUGUAGAAAUUCUCACACUCAGACAACAGUUAGAAGGAAGGCUUAAGAGUUUAACAGCAUCCAAAAUCUCACACAGAGAACUGGAGAAGGCAAUAUCAUUCCAGCCUAGCUUAGAGAUGUUAACAUGUAAUCCAGGGACUGUAUCAAUGUGUAAUGUGGGUAUCACAGUCCCAGAGCUGCCGGUAGAAAGUCUACCAACUACACUGGCCCCACGGGGUGGCUGUGACAGAGGAUGGACAUGUGUUUGUAGCUGAUGUUGAGGACCACUGUAUCAGGAAGUACAGAUACAUGUGAGGGGGCUUAAAUGAUACCCUGUGAGUGAAGAUAUUAUCAUGAUGAUAGUAUUGAAGUAUGAAGCAUACACUUAAUUUUAAGAAAGCAUUAUUGACCUUGUGAUCUGUAGUUUUGAAAAUGUUUUUCUUUACAGAACAUCAGAUGAUAGUGUUUAUGUUAAUCUGUGUGAUGUAGAAACUCAAGUUUCAGCAUUCUUUGCCCAGUAAUCUAGAGUGUGUCUUAAAGAUUUGUUUUUUCCAUACAUGUAUGUAACUUUAUAAUGCUUGUCAAUGAGUAGAAUACUGCAAUGUAAACCAUAUAUGUAUAUGGAAGUUUGAUACUAUUUGCGACAUUUGUACAUUAACGUGCAACAAUGCAGAGAUUGAGUUCCAAAGGCCCUUUAGAUGUAACAUAACCAGUCUAUAACAUGUAAUCUAUGAAGUAUGGAUUGUAUGAAGUAAUGUCAAUAAUUCGUUGAUAUAUGAAUUAUACGGACAUACUUUUAAUUAUCCUGCUCACAUUCAAUAUUGGUUGUUUGUCAUUUUGUAUCAUAUUUGGCAGUACAUAUUAUUCAUAAUCAUACAGGAUAAAG